AUGAGUUCCUCGAGUACAGAGUCCCUUAAAGUUGAAAUCUCAACUUUUUAUGACUAUUAUGAGAAUUACAACGAUGCUCCAAAACCGUGCAGCAAGGAAAGCGUCAAGAGGUUUGCAGCCUCCUUUCUACCUAUUCUGUAUACCCUGGUAUUCCUGGUUGGGCUAAUGGGAAACAUUCUGGUCAUUGUGGUCCUGUUCAAAUACAAGAGACUGAAGAGCAUGACUGAUGUGUACCUGCUCAACCUUGCCAUCUCAGAUUUGCUCUUUGUUCUAUCCCUGCCAUUCUGGUCUUAUUUCACAAUAGACCAAUGGGUUUUUGGCACGCCCUGGUGUAAAAUCAUUUCGUGGAUCUAUCUGGUUGGCUUCUACAGCGGCAUAUUUUUCAUUAUGCUUAUGAGCAUAGACAGAUACUUGGCAAUUGUUCGUGCAGUGUUUUCCUUGAAAGCAAGAACUGCCUUCUACGGCCUGAUUACUAGCCUUAUUGUGUGGUUAGUAGCCCUUUCAGCCUCGAUUCCCGAACUUAUAUUUAGAGAAUCUUUCAAUGAACAAAAUUAUACUACCUGCAAGUCAAGAUAUCCAGGCAAUUUCACAACAUGGAAACUCUUUUCCACUUUGGAAAUCAACAUUUUAGGGCUCAUAAUCCCUUUUAUUGUUAUGGCAUUUUGCUACUCCAUGAUCAUUAAAACAUUAGUUCACUGCAGAAAUGAGAAAAAGAAUAAGGCUGUGAGGAUGAUCUUUGCUGUCAUGAUUGUGUUUUUCUUCUUUUGGACCCCUUACAACAUUGUGAUUUUCUUGCAAUCCCUGGAAAUGACAGGAAUCAUUAGAGACUGUCAAGUGAGCAGAAAUCUGGACUACGCUUUCCAGGUAACAGAAAUYCUAGGCCUUUUUCACUGUUGCCUCAAUCCCGUCAUUUAUUUCUUCAUGGGAGAGAAAUUCAAGAAGUACGUAAAGAUGCUUUUUAAGACCUGGCCAUUACCUGGAAAUAUUUGCAAGUGGUGUGGCAUUCACAUGACCUACCACACUGAAUCCACCRGUUCGUUCCACACGCAGUCCACUGGCGACCAAGAUGCUCUGUAGCGCGUUACGGGCUCACUGUCGAACCCUCCAGAAAGCGAACUGACAAAAGCUGAAAUUUGAAGAAGUUAAGCACGUGCACAUGCGUUUUGUGACAAAUUAGUGCCUUGUAAUAACUUACUU